UGACUCCUUCCUCUAACACUUUUUCUCCACCUGACCUUCUUUUGUUUGCCUCUGUCUGAUUUACAUAAUGAAUUUCUUUUUGGAUGCAUGUCCUUUCUGCGUUUUCUGGCAUUCUUAGUAUCCUCCCCCUCCUCCCUGUGGGGAUAAUGAGGUCAUAAGAAAAGGAGACAUUUAUGUUAAGUUUCAUCAAACUGGCUUUUGCUGUUCCUGUGAAGUUUUAGGUUGAAGUAUGUGAGGAAUGUGUGUGUGGACCACAUUUACAGUCACCCUGCUCUAAUGAGAGGGUUGACUUUUGGGAGCUUGUGUCUGUGAUUACCCAUGGUCCUCCUGUGCUGCGGUCUCCUCACUGCAGCAGCUGACAACCUUUGAGCUGUUUGUUUUACCAAAACUGGUAGAUUCUGGUGGAUAGAGACAAACCAGUGCAAUUUCUUUUGAUUUCCUAUUCUGUUUCCUCCCAUGUCCACUCUCUUCCUCUUCCCCCCCUCCUAACUAUGCUUGUCCUUCCUCUCAGACCCUCCUCGAAACAAAUCAGCUGUAAAUGGUCCCCCUUUGAUUUUUUUUUCCACUCAUUGCUAGAAGUUACCAAGGAAACCAGUUCCUUUUGUGGGCCAGGGUUUUGUCAGGGUCCCAUUGGUCUGCUGGGAACUGGGAGCACAAAGGCUGCAGAGCUGGUGUUAAAUGGGGGUGGGAAGACUUUAAGUUGCAGAGGUGGGAACCAGUUCAGCCUGAUUAUCACUCCCAGUUUCACAUGUGUCUCCCUGUUAGAAACUCAAGGUAAGGCACUGAAAUCCUCAUUCAGAAGGUAGUCAUAGGUCUGAAGAGGUCCGAGGAGUUUGGAGCGCAUGCAGUGACGGAUACUGAAGCUCAGAGGAAUAUUGCCGUAAAGUUUUUCCUGACUCAUAUUUCUUGAGGCUCGUUUAAAUGCCAGGACUUCGUAGAUCCGCUGCAGAUUCUCACAGCAUGACCUAAGUUUCCCAAGGCUACACGUUGUCUUAAGCAUGGAUCUUGUAGACGGCUGCGCCUACUGACCCCGACACUGACGGGGUGGCUCUAGGUCACCGGUCAAAGUUUCCCAUCCCUAACACCCCCUCCACCCUGGACAAGCAGACUAACUGGUCUAAAGCUCUGCCGCUGCCCACCCCAGAGGAGAGAAUGAAAUGCAGCACCCAAGUCAUCGCCUCAUGCAUCAUUCCUAUUAAUGUGACCGGGGUUGGCUUUGACAGAGAUGCUAGUGUGCGCUGCUCACUCGUUCACUCCCAGUCUUUGCUUCAGAGGAGACGGAAGCUGAGGAGACGGAGGACAGUCGCCGGUGUUCCCAGACAGGUGCAGGAUUUUGACUCUGAUGACUCCCCUGGCUCCAGGGAGCGGACAGUUAUUGUUCACACCACUGCUGAUAUAACUCCUUCUACUGCACAGCUGUCCAGUCAUCUGACCACCAGAGAUUCAGGUUGCCAGACUGAAGACUUCCUUUCCUCGGGUGCGCCGUCUCGAAGGAGGAUCAGGGUCCAAAGAGGUCAGGGAGCAUCACUCCUGCUGUCCUACUCAGCAGGCAACAUCUCCUGCCUGCCUGACAGCCCUGAAGCCAUGUUUUCUGGCUCCGUGGGAGACCGACUGCGGUCGCGGAGUCUGCCCCGAGAAAGCAGCAGGAUGAGGAUGAUGAUGAUGGACAAUGAGCAUAAUGACAGCGAUGAGGAAGAGGAGCUGGCCCCCUUUAACUCCGAGGCGUUCCUUCCUGGACGCGGUGAGUUGGUUCUAAAGGAGGAGGAAGAGGGCACGGAUGACCAGGCUGUGUCCCAGCGUCAGCUGGGGGGAUUGAAGUACACGCAGCUGUCGGACAGUCCGGAGUGCAGCUGGAUGGAGCGCGCCAGAGCUCAGCUGCCCAGGAAAGCUGACAUGGGCAGCUGUGAGAUCUCAUCCAGCUCGGACACCUUCAGCAGCCCUGUUCACUGCGUCUCAGCUGCAGGCGUUCUGGGAAGCCAGAUGGACCAUAAGGACGACCACCAAUCGUCCAGUGGGAACUGGAGCGGGAGCAGCUCCACCUGCCCCUCCCAGACCUCAGAAACAAUCCCCCCUGCUGCCUCCCCUCCCCUGACUGGCUCCUCGCACUGUGACUCUGAAUUGUCCCUUAAUGCUGCCCCUCAUGCUGCAGAAGACCAGACCAGCUUCAUGCUGGACAGCUACCAGGGCCUCAGAACCCAUCGAGCAGGCUCUUUCUCCUCAGCAGCUAUGGAUAUAUUAGAGGAGGUAGGAGUGAGUACACCAGUGGAAGAGGAGUGGGAUUACCAGAGCGCAGAACCCUCUCGCUCUCAGGAUUUUAGCCCUGAACCAGGCAGGGAGGCGGAUAGCAGCCUGGGCUGCCCCAGCUUCACCAGCAUGGCCACCUGCGAGAGCAGCUUCUCUGACAAACCUCCAUCAGAGAAAUUAGAUACCGUCUCUUACUACUCUGUGGACACUGAGGGCUACUACACCUCCAUGCACUUUGACUGCGGUCUAAAAGGCAGCAAAAGCUUCACCUACAGCUGUGGUCCCACCGGUUCAGACUGCGCUCUGUCUGAUAUAAGCGGUAACCUGACGCUGGGAAGACGCUGCCUCUCCUUAAGAAAAGCAAAGGUGAAGCCCUCCCCGCCAAAGAGGAGCUCCUCCUUGAGGAAAAUAUGCAGCGACGGAAACAUCCCUGACAAGAGAGAACCAAAGAGUACAUACAGGCAGCCGCUGUCUCUGUCCACCAAGGAGAGGAAAAUCCAGCUGCCUCUGUCUGCAUCACAAGGCCACAUGGGAAACUCUUUGCUGGUGCGAGAGCCCCUCCAGGUCUGGGGGAUGGAGGGCACAUCCGAUCUGACUGAUUUAGGCCUUUUAAGCUCCAAAGAUGCACGUUCAUUUAAAGACAAUGGAACUGUGCAGUCAGACUAUGCAGAUCUCUGGCUGCUGAAUGAUUUAAAGUCCAGUGACCCGUACCGAUCGCUAUCAAACUCCAGCACAGCCACAGGUACGACUGUAAUCGAGUGCAUAAAGUCCCAGGAAAGCUCAGAGUCUCAGACUUCCCGUUCUGGCUCCAGAGCCACCACCCCCUCACUUCCAUCAGUAGAAGGUGAUUACAAGUUGACUUCCCCAGAGAAGCUGGCUGGACUAGCGAGCCCCUCCAGUGGCUACUCCAGUCAGUCUGAAACGCCCACAUCCUCCUUUCCCUCCACUUUCUUCCCUGGACCGCUGUCACCAGCCAAUGUGAAGAGAAAGCCCAAAGUCCCAGAGAGGAAGUCCUCACUUUCGUCUCUUUCCUGCAAGGACGUCGCAACCUCAAAGAAAGAGCUAGAGCUGCCGAUGACUCCUCCUUCUCACCUCGACUUGAGUAGCCUUCACUGUCCGAGCAACAAGGACCCAACUUACAGGAACCACUUACAGAACCAUCACCGAAUCAAACAAAAGGAUGUGCUUACGACCAAACCCGGUACCUCGCCAAACUUAGAGCCCUGCCCUGCACCAUCUCUGUCUAUAACGCCCUCAGUGCUUCAAAAAGUUCAGCUUCGACCCGUCAGCAAGCAGCCUGAGGACCUGCAGAGUCCCUCUAUGAACUUAGCCAGCAAUAAAUCUUUAGAUCUCAAGAGUCCCUCACUGCACAAUUCCCAACAUGAUGAUAUUUCUUCAAGUGAGUCAAUGCAUGUCUCAAAUGACAAGCUCUCAGGGGAAGCAAGUGACGAGGGCAGAGAGGUAAUCUCAGGAAGCGCGGCAGCUGUCGGACUGCAGUUAGAAGCAUGUUUAGACCAGAAGGAUUGCAUCACCCCCAACACGCUAACUGUCCAUGAAACAGAGCGGCGCUCCGACUCUCCAUCAACAUCUGUCUGCUCCGGAGAAUCCAUCCCACAUGUAGAAGGUUCAGGCCAGCAGCAGCAGACCGACCCACCUGAAGCGGAAAUAUGCCCUUACCCUCCAGUGUUACACAGCUCCCCCAAAUGGUCCAAGGGUCCCGAUAAAGUGCCUUCUACUCCCAGUCCUCUGGAAACGUCCCAGGAGAGCUCCAUCAGCACCGAAGGCAGCAACCAAGCGGAAAAUGAUUCAGCCGAAAGUGCCUCACAGGACAGUAAAGAGGAAUCCACAGAGGAGGCGGAGGAUUGUUUUAUUAUCAACUCCACAGCGAGUGAUAACUCAGUGUCUUCACAACAUGAGUCAAAGAAAGAGGAUGAUAGUGUGUUUCUGUCCCCCAGCAAGUCCCGCACCACCGAGGAUCUGUUUGCUAUGAUUCACAGGUCCAAAAGGAAAGUGUUGGGGAGGAAGGACUCCACCGAGCUGGCUGGGAGGCCCCGCCUCUGCGCCUCGUCGGGGAACACGCCGCCCAGCAGCAGUGUCAGCUCCCCGGUCUCUGUGGCUUCGCCCUCCCCCGCUUUAACCCCACCCGCCUCACACAGAGUCUCGGGGCCAAUCUACAGGAAUUUAAAGAAGUCCAGCACCUCCAACGAGGAGUUUAAACUGCUGCUGCUGAAAAAGGGGAGCCGCUCAGACUCCAGUUACCGCAUGUCAGCUGCUGAGAUCCUGAAGAGCCCCAUCACUCCGAAAUCACCUGGAGAUUUUCUGACCGAGUCUCCCAAACCGUCAGAAGAACCUCUCUCCCCCCUGCAGCAGCUCCUGCUAGAACACGAUCAGCUGUCCAGCCCAUACCCCAAAGCCAACGCUGAGAGCUUCUCACCAAGACCCUUCCUCACAUCCGCCUCUUCCAGGCAGGGGCGCUCGAGAAUCCCCCCGCCCGCCAGCAGCAGCCGUUACAGCGUGCGCAGCAGGCUGUACUCAUCGCCCAUGCAGGCCAUAUCUGAGGGUGAGACGGAGAACUCUGAUGGAAGCCCUCACGAUGACGGCUCCACGUAGGAGGCGGAGCUUAGGAAGAAGAAACGGACACGUUUACAUUGAGGACUAAUGGACUAUAAUGAAAUCUAAUAUAUAACUGUACCAAAUAUGCAGAAGAAUAGGUUGGGCCAUUUUUAUAAAAACUUAAUCAGAUUUCUAGCAAUUUUUGGGUCAGUUUUUAAAUACUUUCCAGUUUACAAUUCUGUCCACAAACUGUACCUGUUUUAUACAAAAUAGAAUCCCUAUUACUAUGAAAUGCAUUUAUUUAAAAAAGGUAUCCCAUCUGAACUCAAAAUAUCCAUUCUAAAAUAUCCAAACUAAUUCUUUAGAGCAGAGAUGCACCAAUUCCCAGUUUUUGCAUGUUGAUAAUGAUUUUGUUUGACUGCAAUUUCCUAUUUAAAAGCUUCAAGUUUGAAGAAAGUUAGCAUGCUUCGCACAGCUAGCAUCAAUAACACCUCUAUCCAUCUAGAGCAGAGGUGGAUAAUCCAGGAUCAGAUAGUAAAAAGCCUGUACAGAGAUUAAACUCCAACUAUUUGCAUUUCCAGGUCCACAGCACAGACUGGUCACCUGGUUAAGUGAACAGGAUGAAGGAAAACAAGGCAGAGUUUUUACUUUCUAGAGAUUUUGCCACAUUUUAAAAUCUGGAAAGUUCUGCUAUUGACCAGCGAGAAUAGAAAAAAAAAGAAAAUUAAAAACAAUCCACUGGACAUAGUUUCCAAGUUUGAAGACGUUUCGCUUCCCAUCCAAGAAGCUUUUUCAACUCAAAACGUCAGGAACUGCGUUGAGUUCAAGGUUUUAUACAGUAGCCCAAAGUCAUCCUAGCUCUUGAACCAGCGAGAAGUUACAGAGCUUGGAUGAUUUUCUUUCUAAUGGCAUCAACCUCCUGGCCUGGGUGCCAUUCCGACCUUAGUCCCGCCCACAACGUUUGAGGUCGGGAAGUUCGGUCUGGCAUUGCUCAACAGUAGCGCUAGUAUGC